UGGAGCAGUAACAUCUUCGCCAUGGCCAGAACCAAGCAGACCGCUCGUAAGUCCACCGGAGGCAAAGCCCCCAGGAAGCAGCUGGCCACCAAGGCCGCCCGGAAGAGCGCCCCGGCCACCGGCGGAGUGAAGAAGCCUCACCGCUACAGGCCCGGUACCGUGGCUCUGAGGGAGAUCCGCCGCUACCAGAAGUCCACGGAGCUGCUGAUCCGCAAGCUGCCCUUCCAGCGGCUGGUGAGAGAAAUCGCUCAGGACUUCAAGACCGACCUGCGCUUCCAGAGCUCCGCCGUCAUGGCCCUGCAGGAGGCCAGCGAGGCUUACCUGGUUGGGCUGUUCGAGGACACCAACCUGUGCGCCAUCCACGCCAAGAGGGUCACCAUCAUGCCCAAAGACAUCCAGCUGGCCCGCCGCAUCCGCGGGGAGAGAGCUUAG